AUGAUCACAUACAACACGGCGUCUGAUCCAGGCGUAGAAUGGUCCGUCGUGCGACUCGCCGAGCCCAUCACCAGCUAUGCGCCCACAGCCUCAGAACGUGCCAGCCAAGGGUUCUGGGUCGGGGAUGCAUUUACGCAAAACACAUUCCUCUCUCAGACCCGGUUAGCCCUCGCCAACCUCCGCGACUACGAGGGCCUACCUUCUAUGACGAUCCAAAUCACUCUAUUGGAGGGAGGCGGUUACGGUAUCGGCAUAAAACUGUCGCAUUGCCUCGCAGACGCCCAAGCCCUAAUGGUCUUCAUGCAGCAAUGGGCAUCAGCCUGUCGCAUACUCCACGGCCACACCAACUCCAACUCCCUCUCACCCAAGGACAAGCUCAACCCCAUCUUCAACCCAUCACUCCUCGACACCAAAGCCAGCGCCGGCAUCAACACCCCAACCCCAGACCCAACCCUAAUAACCAAAGCCCGCAAUCUCCCCCUCCACCGCUACGACUGGUGGAAAACCUCUGACCCAGCCUACCCACCCAUCAUGAUCCCCAACACCACGAACUCCAAACCACCCCCAGAAUACCUCACCCCCAACCCGCUCUCCCCAUCCACUCCAGCCCCCUGGGCAACAUGGGACUUCACAAAACCAGUCAGCUACACCCAGAUCCAUUUCACAGGGCCCGAACUCGACCAUCUCCGACAACAGGCCUGCACCCAACUAGAACCAACCCAAACCCACACCCCAAUAUCCCGGUUAGACGCCCUCCUCGCCCACAUCUGGACACUCAUCAACCAAGCCCGUGGAUACGACCAACUCAAAGAGAAAGUCUAUCUGAAUAUAACUCUAGGCGCCCGAACACGCCUCAACCCACCACUCCCGGAAACCUUCAUCGGAUCCCCCAUUUUCAUCACCCAUGUCUCUACCUCCGGGGAAGAAAUCUGUACCUCCACUAUCAGCAAAACCGCAUCCCAGAUCAGAUCCACCAUCCAGCAAUUCACGCCCGAUAAUCUAGGCGCCAUGUUAUAUGAUGCCGGGUUGGAGGUUUCGCCGCAGCGCCUGUGGCAGGGGUUUAUGGGCCAGAGACAUACGUUGAUUACGUCGUGGUUGAGGUUGGGGGUUUAUGAGGUGGAUUUUGAUGGACGGGGGAGGGGGCCGAGAUAUGUGCAUGCUGUUAUGCAGAUGAUGGAUGGGUGUGUGCAGGUGAUGGAUUCGGGGGUGGAGGAUGGGGGGGUGGAUUUGGGGGUUUAUUUGGAUAGGGAGGUUUUGGGGAGGGUUUUGGAGGGGAUUCGGUUGUUUGGUAAUGAGGGGGAUUGA